GAUCCAUUUUUGAACUCAGGUGGCAUUUUUAUUUUGUAUAUCAUGUCAUUUUUUGAGUAGCUAAUCUAAGUCAGGUCCAAAAUAAACAAGUUUAAGCUUAACUAGGUCCUUGUUUUUGCCCAACUAGGGGCACGUGCUUGUGAGGGUCAGUUUCUCGUACACAGAGGGUUUUGCUCUUGGGGUUCUUUUCAGCGAUUGAAGACGCUCGCUGAGCCGUUCCCUGGCAAACUAAUCGCCCGCUGCCCCAACUAUCGUUCCCCAGAUAUUGCGGUAGUUUUCCAAUCAAUUCGCAUGGACGUCUAUUUUCGUCAGAGGUGUGGCUAUCCGUGUCCAGUUGACCUACCCGAUAAAAUCCAUCAAUGAUUUUUGCAAAAGACUUUGCCUAAGAGAAUCACAACCAAAUAUGAAACCAAGUGAAACUAGAGAAAUUUGAAAGAACGCUAUGGUCAAGAACACCGGAGAAGUAACAAAAGAACUGCUGGAAUGAGCUGCCCCUUUGUCCAAUUUUUCGUUGGCGGGAUUCUUCAGUUUUAUUUCGUAAUCAUGCUCCUUGUAAUUAAGUAGAAACCAUAUAGUGAGGGGACAGUUUUUUUCGAUUUUCUUCCCAUUUUCAUAUAGCAGUUUUUCAGGCAUUUUGGAAAAAGCAAAGUUGAAUAAUAAUCGAACAAAAAUCCCAUAAUAUUUUUUCCGAGGGGAAAAAAUCCCAUAAUAAAUCUCAAAAAGUUUUUUUUUUGUUUGAGUUUUUUUGAUAAAUCUCAAAAAGUAGACCAAGCAAUACUUGCCGCUGCGCACAUGCAGCCCAUCACGAGAAAGGAGAUCCAGUACGUAGUUCUGUUCAACUCGGUCCGGUUCUCAUUCCGUCGCGGCGAUCGCUGACCUCCCUCCAUCGCCGCAACUGCAAAACCCUCCUCGCCGGUAACUUACCCCUGCGACCAUCCAUGGCCACCUUCACCGGAGCACCGCUCCCGCCGGCCGGCGCCGGAAAGGAGAAGCCGCUCGCGCGCCCCGCACCGGCAACCGCUCCCGCGGACCUCGCGAAUCCAGGGAAGAAGACGCGCCGCCGGGUGCCGAUGACGGACGAGGAUCGGUGGAGGAUCGACCGCCUGAAGGAGCUGCACGCGUCAGGGACCGAGGAGCUGCACGAGCUGAUGGACAUACACAAGGAGCUGCGCGACUACCACGACGAGCUUCUGUUCCGGCGGAGGUGCCUGGCCGCGCGCCUGGUCAGCCGGGUCGCCUUCCAGCGCCGCGACGCCGCCGCCUACGUCAAGCACCACCUUGGCCUUGGCCUGAAGGUGGGGGAUAAGCUGCCGGAGGAGCUCAAGCAGGCCAGGCCGCCAAUCUCAAUGGCCCUUUUCUUGUGGCAUGAGAUGGGCAGGGCCUUGUACAUAGGCAUGGAUAACUUCAUGGAUGAGUACAGCAACACCGAAGAGUACCGGAGAGGGAUGCUGGCGUUGGUGCCCGGGGCUGUCCCUGAUGAGAACGGAGCCCCGCCGGAUUCUGUUUGCUUGGUGUGGAUGAGUGCUUGUUUAAUCCUGAGAACGAAAUGUUGCUAAUGCAUGUUUUGUUGUGUUCAGGAUGACUACUUGUUUGAUGCUAUUGUGUUGAGCAUGAUUUAUUUAUGGCGUGAGUGCUUCAAUCAAACCAAGUGGACUAAUCCUUUAUUUUUG